GCAGUCUGGUGUAAAGGAGUAGAAAGAAGCGGACCGGACCCAGAGAGAUUCCUCCGUUUGUGUGCGUGUGUGUGUGCGUGUGUGUGCGUUUUCCUCCCGCCUGUGAAGCUCUGGAUGGCCGGUUAACCAGCCAGUAAACCCCCCCUCCCUCUCCAGUCCUCCACAUACUUUCAGAUGUGCGCUUUCUGACGCGACAAAGCGGAUAUAUACUUGUUUUACUUUUUUGUUUCUUGUUUACUGGAGUCACAGAGAAGAGCUACAAGAUGAAAUACAAAAACCUGAUGGCCAAAGCGUUGUACGACAAUGUGCCGGAGUCCCCCGAGGAGUUGGCCUUCCGUAAAGGGGACAUCCUGACCGUCAUUGAGCAGAACACGGGGGGCCUGGAGGGCUGGUGGCUCUGCUCCCUGCACGGCCGCCAAGGCAUCGCCCCUGGCAACCGACUGAAGCUGCUGAUUGGACCCAUGUUCGAGGCUCAGUCGCCGGUCGCUGCCGCCGCCGGCCGGUCGUCUCCUCAGAGCGCGGCCUAUCAGCAGAAGCCUGGCUCGGGGUCUGAGGGGAUCUACCAGGUGCCACCGUCCCUCCAGAGUCCACAGCAGAGUCAGCAGAGCAUCUACCAGGUUCCUCCCGGACAAGACGUCUACCAAGUCCCUCCGAGGAGUACUCUAGCUGCCGAUAACACCCAGAGCAAGGUGGUGACCCCGACCAGAGUGGGACAGUCUUACACCUUCAGCCCAGGCCAGCACAACCAGCAGGACCUCUAUGAUGUGCCACCCAGUAGGUCACAGGGGGUGUACGAUAUUCCACCUGGUCAGAUGUUCCCCGGUGCCAGAAACCAAGGCGUGUACGACGUCCCUCCGUCCCAAAUGGACGCCAGGACGCAGGGCGUUUAUGACAUACCUCCCUCCUCACAAGGGGUCUACUCGGUGCCUCCCUGCAGGACCAACCCCGCUCUCCAGGAGGGAAACUACGACUUCCCGCAGCCUCUCAAACACAAACAGGAAGGCAUCUACGACGUACCGCCACCUGUCCUCACCAAGCCCGCACAGUCGCAUUACGAUUUCCCCCCGAGUGCGGAGCCUCCCAACCAUCACCAACACCCCAACACCAACGGCAACGAAGGCAUUUACGAUGUGCCUCCCCCCACCCUUCACUCGGGGGCAUCUCAGAGGGACGUAUACGACAUCCCCCGGGGCAUGCAGCCCCCCCAGCACAGAACCUCGCCUGCUGACAGAGACGGCAGCAAAGGCAUCUACGACAUCCCCGCUCAGGAUGCUCGUGCAGUAGCAGACGUGACGGACGGCGUGAACCGUCUGUCGUUCUCCAGCACCGGCAGCACGCGCAGCAGCAUGUCCACCUCCUCAUCCUCCACGGGCUCCAGCUCCGAGGCCCGCCUCAUUCUGGAUGUGGACGCUGCCAUCCAGAGGUUGUACCGCCUGCAGCAGGGCGUGGAGGCCUCAGUUGGGGCGUUACAUUCAAUGGCAGCUUCCCCUCACUGGAGGACUUUUCCCUUCAUGGAGCGGCAUGCUAACGACGUCCGCACUGUGCUGGACAGGGUCCGGGCUGCUCUGGGGGACUUUGUUGUGUUUGGUAGAGGGGCUGCGGCAAACGCCACAGCUCUAUCAGACUCCAGCCUGCACAGUAAGCUGAGGAGGCAGCUGGGACGCCUGGAGGACUCGCAGCAGAUCCUCCUGCAGAUCUACCAAGUCCUGGAGAACUGCAGCUGGGCUCUGAACGCCCUGGCGUCCUCCGGCAAGCUCCACAACAAGAGCGACGACCUGGAUCGCUUUGUCAUGGUCUCCAGGACUGUUCCCGACGAUGCCAAGCAGCUGGCCUCCUCAAUAGGCAGCAAUGCUGAGCUGCUGUUUAGGCGGACGCACAUGGACGGGUCUUUCUCUAUCGGGAGCACGCCUGAUGAGAACACGAUCCACCCGCUCACCUCCCCCUCCUCUGACAACGACAACUACGGAGGCAAGACCAAGCCCUUCCCCGUGCCCUCCAGCAAGGACAAAGACAACAUGAACAACAGCGAGAAGUGUGUCAAGAGCUGGAUGGAGGACUACGAUUAUGUUCAUCUGCAGGGCAAAGACGACUUUGAGCGUCAGCAGAAGGAGCUGUUGGACAAAGAGAACAUUAUCAAGCAGAGUCAAGUUCAACUGGGCCAAGAACAGAUCAAUCAGUUCAAGAAGCUGGAGCAGGAAGUGAUCAAACCUGUGGAGAACGACAUCACGCAGUGGAUCUCACACCAACACUCGGGCAUAACCUCGGCCUCCCCCUCGGACUCCUCCUCCUCCUCCCUGUCCCCAUCCACGCACGUGUGCGCCCGUGACCGCCAGCUCCUCGGCUUCUACUCGGAGCAGUGCGAGCAGCACUUCGUCACGCUCCUCAGCGCCGUGGAUGCCUUCUUCGGCUGCGUGAGCGCCGGGCAGCCCCCUCGCAUCUUCGUGGCACACAGCAAGUUCGUCAUCCUCAGCGCCCACAAACUGGUCUUCAUCGGAGACACUCUGUCCAGGCAGGCCUCGGCUCCCGAGGUGGCCAACAGGGUGAUGAACUCCAGUAACGUGCUGUGUGACUUGUUAAAGACGGUGGUGGCUGCGACCAAAACGGCCGCCCUGAACUACCCGAACACGGCCGCCAUCCAGGAGAUGGUAGAUAGAGUCACUGACCUCUCUCACCACGCGCAGCAGUUCAAAGAACAGUUGCUGCAGUUGGCCAAUUUGUGAUUUUCAACCAUGUUGCUCCAGUACAUCUCAACACAGACUCCACAUGUACAUUAAUCCAGCAUAAAUAUAUAUAUUUACUUUAUAUAUAUAUAUAUAUAUAUAUUGCUCUUCAUCUUUAAGCCUGUUUUUGUUGUAAAUAGUCUGUUCUGUAAAUAUUUGCUCUAUUUUUGUGUAGAUUGUUUUAUAUUAUGGUAUGAAUAUAUAUAUAUAUAUAUAUAUAUGUAGAUGCAGUAUUGGUGUCUCUGUAGGAUUAUGUAGACGUUUUUCAUAACAUUCCUGUCGCAUAUUAUGAAGCACCUUAUGAGAUGAGUCCCGUUUUUUUUGUUUUUUUGUUUUGUCAUUUUUACCUGUAGAAUGUCGUUGAUGUGUCUUACUGCUGGGUGUGACGGUAAAUCUCCUUGUAAAUCAUGUUGUCCAUAUGUGCGUGGACCUCUCCACAGAGUAAAGACUGUUCUUAACCGUG